CGCCGCCGACGACGUCAGGCGACGUCGACGACGUUCUCCGUCGCGUACCCCGCGCGCUACCGCAACCCGCUCCUCUCGUAACCAUAUCUGGACUUAAUUAUUGGGGCUGCCGAUUACUAUCGCAACCAUUUCCGGCCUGAGAGCAACCCCAAUAAUUGGAAAAUGUCCGGAAUCGCGGCGGCGGUCCUCAGGACCUGCGACAACAUCAAGUCGAAAGCAUCGCAGAAACUUGCUGGGUUCAGAAGAGACAAUGCUGCCUACGAGGAAUUCGAAAUGCCCCGCGAGGGGAGCAAGGACAACAAGGGGUUCGAGCAAGAGGAAAGAGGAUACAGUAGACAGGGUUCGUACGAAUCGUUCGCGGAACACGAAAGGCCUCCACUGCGUCAUAUCGACACUUACUGCAAGCCGGAAUGCCCGUGCUUAUCGAAAAGAUACACCAUCGCGACUUUGGCCUGCGUAGGAUUUGUAAUAUCGUUCGGCAUGAGGUGUAACAUGACCAUGGCGAAAACGGUGAUGAAGAACAGUACCGUAGGCGACAACCACACUCUCAUGUUCAAUUGGACGAUCGCCACCGAGAGUACCCUGGACUCGUCGUUUUUCUGGGGCUACCUCGUGACCCAGGUGCCAGGAGGGUUUCUCGCUUCGCUCUACCCUGCCAACAAAAUAUUCGGCCUCGCGAUCGCCGUAUCGUCUUUUCUCAAUUUAUUGGUGCCUGGCGCGUUAAAAGUAGACCCCAUAGUCGACAUAAUCGUGCAAAUUCUGAAAGGAUUGGCGGAGGGUGUGACGUACCCGGCGUGCCACGGUAUUUGGAAAUAUUGGGCGCCACCGUUGGAGAGAUCGCGAUUGGCGACGUUAGCAUUUUGCGGUUCGUAUGCUGCGCUGGUUAUAGGAAUGCCGCUUUCGGGCUUCCUGUGCCAGUGGUUCGGAUGGACGGCGCCGUUUUAUUUCUACGGCGUGGUGGGGCUGAUCUGGUACGUGUUUUGGCUGUGGCUCGCCUUCGAGAAGCCGUCGCAACACCCUUCCAUCUCGACGCGCGAGCUUCGCUACAUCGAAGACUCCCUUGGACAAGGACAAUCGCAACAGCCGAUCCCAACGUUCUCCACGACGCCGUGGCGGAAAUUCUUAACGUCCAUGCCGGUCUACGCUAUCAUCGUGGCGAACUUUUGCAGGUCUUGGAACUUUUAUCUUCUGGUGCUGUUUCAAUCUCGAUUUAUGCAGGAAUCGUUCGGAAUGGAACUGGUCGAGACCGGCGUGGUCGGAGCACUUCCGCACUUGUUGAUGACAACGGUGGUGCCGUGCGGAGGUUUGCUGGCCGAUCAUCUUCGCAAACAAGGGAUACUGUCGACCACCAACGUGCGGAAGCUCUUCAAUUGCGGUGGUUUCGGCAUGGAGGCGCUCUGUUUCCUGGUGAUGGCCAACGCGACGGUCCACAAAAAUGGCACGGCCGCGAUCGUCGCUCUCGCGGUCGGCGUCGCCUGCAGCGGCUUCGCCAUAUCCGGUUUCAACGUCAACCAUCUGGACAUCGCGCCCAGAUACGCUAGCAUUCUGAUGGGGAUGUCGAAUGGAAUCGGUACGAUAGCCGGACUUCUGGUACCUUUCUUCGUGGACAACAUCACGGAGAAGAAGGAUCCUCAGGGUUGGAAGAACGUUUUCAUCAUGGCGGCGUGCGUUCACAUCUUCGGCGUGACAUUUUACGGGAUCUUCUGUUCCGGCGAAUUGCAGCCAUGGGCCGAUCCAGUGUCGGACGAACAGAAGAACUGGAACGCCAUGGACGAAUUCGGGCAAACGAAGCCGCCGGUUCCACCGCCGCCGAAGACCAUGCAGUCCGAGUUCAUCAGACAGCCGUCGGGCGAGAACGCAGCCGACGAUUGGAACGCGUACGAGCAGCCGACGUCGGACGUCGGUCAGCAGGAGAAACCGCCGAUAAUCGGUUACGGGUCGACGGAAACCAACAGCAACAACCCGUUCCAUUCGACGAACCCAUUCGCCACCGACGUGAACGCAUCCCUGGUACAGCCGCCUGCCGCGGACGACUACGCCUACGAUGUGACGCAGAAUCAACAGUGGAAUUAAACAUUGUCAAUAUCCGAUCGAUUCGAGAAGGAAACCGUCAAUUGCGCGCGAUGGAUUCUUUGGUUUGGUCGAUCGCUCGCGCCGAUCAUCGUCUCGGCCGCUUCCGGUACUUUGUCCCGCCGGCUCUCUCUCUCUCUCUCUCUAUUACCGGUUCUGGAAGAAUCCGUUCGCGAUUCGGGGGGAAUCCGACCGAUCGAUCCGUAUUUUCUACGGACUCGCGCACAAACCAUAUCAGAGCAGUCGAACUCGAGGAGUUCAACGAACGGGCAGCAGCGAAUCGCAGGAAUCGCAGGAAUCGCAGGAAUCGCAGGAAUCGUAGACGCGGACUUGGUCGUUCCGAUUUUAGAGGGAAACGUGUUUUCGUUUCCUUCGCUCGAUCGAGGAGCGGCAUUUUCAAAGUCGACGGAGCCGAGGAAGUACCGGAAGCGCGCGAAACAGAAUCGGACGCGAGUUUCUCAUUGGUUCUAGAGUUAUUUCAGCCGUAUCGUUGAGCAAACGCAGGCUUCGCAUUCCGAGGUACGUGGCUACGAACCACGCGCGGAAGCUUUUUUUAUCGCGAUACCUAAGAGUGCAGGGUAUGGUGCUGUCGCACCGACGACGCGCGAGAACGCGCGAGCUCGCGCGAAACGGCUCCUCCUCUCGAAGCGCGCGAUACGACCGAAUCGGGUCGGAGCAAUUCGAACGAAGCUUUCCGCGACAAUUCGGGAAGCGGAGGGGAUACGGGAGAACGAUUCGUUAUUUUCUACGAAUUCAAGUUUCGCGUUCGUACGAACGGGAAAAUCGGUCGAUUUUCGAUUCGACGAACAAAAUAUUCGCGCGACGGGAAUAUUAUCCGUUCCACCGGAGACCGAAGAACGUUUCUCUUUCGCGGAGAGGAAGCUGUCGAGAGAAAGAGAAGCGUGCGCAGACAAUAAUAAUACGCGGCCAAACCUUCGCAGACAAUAACUCUUCGAAGACAAUAACCGGAAGGUUUGGGGAACCGACGAACGAGAUCGGUCCAGCACGAUCAGCUGAGACUUUUAGGUAUUAUAUUUUCUAUCGUUCUUAUUUGCGAUUACGCCGAUAGCAGACCUCAACGAUAUAAAACCUUAGAAACAUAGCAAUAAAAGAAAACCGAUAUCGAGGAAAUUAAAUUUACGGCCGAUCGUCGAUCGGCGGUGGCGGCGGCAGCGACGACGACCGUUGCACCUCGGACGCGUAUUUUGAAAUAGUACAACCGGUUUGUUCGACGACGAAACGAAACGCGCCACGAAUCUAGAACGAAUUAAUUAUCGACGCGUCGAUAUUUUAACGACGAGAAUGGCGCGGCUCCGAUAAUUGAUCCGUCGACCGAGAAGAAGCGAACGCUGUUCCGAGGAUUAUUCAGACCAGAGAGGAAAACGCGUUGGCACGUUUCCGGCGCGCGUCCGGGGACGAAUCCUAUCUUACGAUACGAUUGGACGAAGGUUGUUAUCCAAGCCUUUCGGAUCUCGACGCGGUCGCGAACCUUCGCGACCGACCCAACGGGAUUUCGAAAUGUAUAAAGAUGCCUACUUGUAAGAAAGUGAUAAACACGAUGAAAGUAUUAGGACGAUAAGACGUAAAGUACCGUAGAGCUCUAUUUGUUGGGACCUGAUUUCUUCGAGCGAAUUCUCGCCUCGCGCACCGGGGAACGAACAAGACCCGAACGAUACCUCCGUUCAACCUCUUCGGUCCGCAUCUUUUCGCUCUCGCGCGUACUCCGUCGUCUCGAAGUCGGCACGCGACAAUUAUUCGAGAAAGAAGUCGGUUUUGUUUCUCGCGAUUCAAAAUUAAUUAAUCUCGUCGUCUCGAAAUUAACCUACAUCUUUUCCGGCGAACGGACGAUCGGGAAUCGAACAAGAAGGAGAAGAAGCACGUUUUACUCGUUUCUUUCCUUUGGCGCUCGGCUUUCGAAAAACUCGCGAAAAUUCGUCGACGAACGAAGUCGACCGGAACGUUGCGCGUCCGAAAAGGCUGAACACGGUUCGACCAGGGG